AUGGCGCCUCGCGAGAAAAGCUCGCUCAAGCGCACCCGAGCUACCGCUGAUGCAGAUUCACAAGACCAAAAGAAACCGCGGCGCUCUCAAAGAAUUUCGAGUCAAGUCCAACCACAAGAUACGCCAGUAGACCUGAACUACUUACCAACUCCGGCCAUUGGCCCUCAAUCUACCGCUACGAAGACUCGCAAUGAAGUAACUGUAACACCGCCCGACAGUCCUCGCAACGUUCGUCAGCAAUCCCAGCCCGAAUCGUCGGACGGUAUCUCUUCGCAGCCACCGGAGGAUACCCAGGCUCUCUCGCAGUUUGUUUAUCCACCCAGAGCCUUCGCAGACGAUGUGAAGGACGAGGAUGCCGAAGGGGUCUGGGGAUACCUGCUACCAUUGGAUGAUAAUGGGAAUGGUUCACUCGUGCUGAGGAAACGCAGUGGCUGUGAAGACGGUACUGGUACUGCCAAAUCCAAGGACAAAAUAUGUCCAACGUCCACAAGUGCCAAGUCGCCCGGUGGCUUCUUAGUCGGCCGUCAUCGGGAAUGUGAUCUUGUCCUGGAAAUCCCCACAAUUUCAAACCGCCACUUCCUCGUCUUUGCCGAAAAUCGGAAAGGCGACAUGGUUGCUAUGUUGGAGGAUCUCUCCAGCAAUGGAACAUUCGUGAACGAUGCCAUUGUUGGACGCAAUAAGCACCGGGAACUGGAGGAUGGGGAUGAAGUUUCGAUUCUGAAUGAAGCCCGGUUCGUCUUUCGCUAUCCUCGGACUCGGGAAGCCAAUGGGUUCCGUCAGCAAUAUCGGAUCCUUCAACAGCUCGGCAAAGGCCACUUUGCAACUGUCUAUUUGUGUGCCGAUAGAUCUACGGGGGAUAAGUAUGCAGUCAAGGUCUUUGAAAAGCGCCUCAGUGACUCGCAAAAAUCACAAACAGACGAAGCUCUGCAGCAAGAGAUUGCCUUGCUAAUGGGCGUUCAUCACCCAAAUCUACUCUGUCUCAAGGAAUCAUUCGACGAAAGUGAUGGUGCUUAUCUGGUACUUGAACUGGCGCCUGAGGGAGAACUAUUCAAUUGGAUUGUGAACAAUCAGAAAAUGACCGAGAAUGAAACUCGCGGUGUGUUCCGUCAACUAUUUGACGGAUUGAAGUAUCUGCACGAACGUGGAAUUGUCCAUCGAGAUAUCAAGCCAGAGAAUAUCCUGGUUGCGGACAAGAACUUGAAUGUGAAGCUAGGCGAUUUUGGGCUGGCUAAAAUUAUUGGAGAAGAGUCCUUCACAACGACCCUCUGUGGUACACCGAGCUAUGUUGCUCCGGAGAUUUUGAAAGACUCCCGUUAUCGAAAAUACACGAAGGCUGUGGACGUAUGGUCCCUUGGUGUUGUUCUCUACAUCUGCCUAUGCGGUUUCCCACCAUUCUCGGAUGAACUAAACACCCCGGAGAACCGAUUUACUCUCGCCCAGCAGAUUAAGAUGGGCAGGUUCGACUACCCAUCUCCGUACUGGGACUCUGUUGGCGAUCCUGCACUGGACCUCAUCGAUAGGAUGCUUACUGUGGAUGCCGACAAGCGAAUUACGGUAGAUGAGUGUCUUGAACAUCCCUGGAUGACCGGAAAGAACCUGAGUCUCAGCGACAGUACAGAUGGCCUGACUGGGGCUCUCGGGAAACUGGACUUUUCCAAGCGCAAAAUCCAACGGGAGCGGACCUUACUGAGCAGCGUCAACGAUGCUCACUUCAGUGAACAUGCUGAAGGCAGCGAGGUACCUGUCAAGGUAUUCCGGAAUGAAGCUGGGAAACGCAUCCACAACCGGCCAGCCAAGGCGUCGCAACGUGAAAUUUCGCCAAGUGGUCACCGGGCUCCAAAAGAUUUCAUUAAUAUCGGGGAACACGGUGAUCCUAUCUUGUACGAUAACUAG